AUGAAGGAUGCGGAAAUUGAUGAUCUGAUCAGUUUUGUCACCUCGUCACGGUAUGCAAGAUACCUAACUUACAGAGAAUUAGCCUUACACCUUGAUCUAGGCUAUUCUCAAUGGGCAAUCCGAUCAGCCUUACUUUCGAGGGGCUAUCGAAGAUACGUUGCUCGAAGAAAACCACCGCUAUCCCCUGAGAAUAAACAGAAACGACUCCUCUGGGCACAGGAGUACCUAAGCUGGUCUCCUAGUCAAUGGGAAGCUAUCCUAUGGUCCGAUGAAAUAUGGGUAAAUCCAGGCCACCAUACACGUACGUGGGUUACUCGCCGAAAGGAUGAGGUCUUCCAUGAAGACUGUACUAUUGAGCGGCGCCCACAUAAGAUAGGAUGGAUGUUUUGGGGCUCUUUUCAUGGAACUACUAAAGGCCCUAUGGUAUUCUGGGAGAAGCAAUGGGAGUACAGCCAUCAGCAUCCUUAUCUUCAACUAGUACAGGAUGGUGCUCCGGGCUACGGUGCUCAAUCUACUAUACAAGAGCUUGAGAAAGGUGGAGUCCAUAUGGUUAGAUGGCCACCUUUCUCUCCUGACCUCAAUCUAAUUGAAAUGGUGUGGAAUUGGAUGAAGAAUUAUCUUCAGGUUAAUUUAGGCCUCGGAGCGCACCUCAAGGAACCGGGACCAAACCGCACCGCACCGCAAGAUGGUGCGGUGCAGUUCCAACUUUUAAGAACCGCUGGGCGGUUCCAUGACUUCAGGAACCGCACCGCUUUGAACGCGGUUAGGACCAGCGGUUCUACAAACAGUACAAACAGAGAGAUUCUAUGA